GAGCGAGUCGCUCGGACGCGUGCCCGUGCAAGGUGGCCUGAACAUGGAGAUCCUAACGGAGCAGGACGUGCGCAAGUUCCAGGAUGACGGUUUCCUCGUGCUGGACGGACUCUUCAGCGCCGAGGAGUGCGACGCGCUGCGGGAACGCGCGGGCGGCCUGGUCGCGCGGAUGGACGUGCCCACGCACUGCCGCGUGCAGUUCUCCACCGGUCACGAGGAGCAGCUGAAGAGCCAGGGAAAUGCAGAAUAUUUCAUCACGAGUGGGGACCAGAUCCGUUUUUUCUUCGAGAAAGGAGUCUUUGAUGACAAAGGGGAAUUCAUUGUGCCAAGAGAACGAUCGCUAAACAAGAUUGGACACGCUCUCCAUGCCUAUGAACCUCUGUUCAAAUCCAUCACUCACUCUCCUAAAGUCCAGAACGUGGUUAAGAAACUGGGUCUAACGAAUCCUGUGGUUUUACAGAGCAUGUACAUUUUUAAGCAACCAGGCAUCGGUGGAGAAGUGACCCCUCAUCAGGACGCAACCUUCCUGCACACAGAGCCGCUUGGCCGCGUAACGGGAUUCUGGAUCGCUCUGGAAGAUGUGACACUCGAUAACGGCUGCUUGUGGUUCAUACCGGGAUCACACAAUGAUGGAAUCACCCGAAGGUUUGUCCGGACACCUACAGGCACAUUUCCUCUGACCGACUUCAUUGGCCGUGACCAGACUUAUGAUGACAGUGUCUUUGUACCAGCACCUGUAAAGAAAGGUUCGAUGGUUCUGAUCCAUGGUGAAGUGGUGCACCGCAGUGCCGCAAACACUUCCAACACCUCCCGCCAUGCCUAUACAUUCCAUAUCAUGGAGUCCAAAGACACACGCUGGAGUCCUGAAAACUGGUUACAGCCAACCAAUAAGCUGGCCUUUCCCUCACUGUAUACCUAGCUCCUCUGCAGUUUGGCUUGGGUAUCAGGUUUUGGAAUAUACUUUUAAUAAAUAACUAACACAUGUAAUUAGUCAUGUCCUGGGAUCAUUUUGGGAAAUGUUCCCAUUAUACAUUAACAUUAAGGAUAAUUCUAAUAUAGUUAUAGUAUACAAUAUAGUUAAUAUAGUUAUAGUAUACAAUAUAGUUAAUAUGGUUAUAGUAUAAAAGUAUAAGUAUGUAAGUAUUUUUCUUGCAUAAAUUAAAGACAUAAAAGUUCCCAGAUAUAAAGUUGUAUGAUUUUAUUCAUAUGACCACCAGGUACAGUGACAAUAAAUCAGUAAUCAUAUUCUGUGA